AAAAAAAUACUUGGACCAAAAUAGAUGUUUCCAAUUCACAUCGUCGUCUUUCACAUACAUCAACACAAGUUGGAUCUUAUUUAUUCAUAGUGGGAGGACACGAUGGAACAAAAUAUACAUCGGAGCCUCGUAGUGUUUUUGGUACACCUCCAUCAGGGAGAGGUUAUCAUACAACGGUUUUAUACGAUUCGAGACUUUUUGUUUUUGGUGGUUACGACGGUCAUUCCGUUUUUGAUGAUGUAUAUAUUCUAGAUUUAUCUGCUUGUGCCUAUUUACCACAGAUUAUAAAUUUCAAACUUCUUGAGAAAACUGAUUCUAUAUAA